CAGGGGCCUCUGAGCGCCGCUGUAGUUUGGCGGCGCAGGCGCUGUGAUCAUUUCCCGCUUCGUCUCCUGUACUGUUGGUGUCUCUACGCACACACUGAGGAGAUCGCCGUCGCCGAGAACAACCGCCAGAGACCGACAAUGCCGACCGUGGAGGAGAUGUACCAGAACUACGGGAUCCUGGCCGACGCCAAGGACGACGUGAGCCAGCACAAAGCUGCGUAUCAGGUUAUCCUGGAUGGUGUCAAAGGAGGAGCAAAAGAGAAGAGAUUGGCGGCUCAGUUUAUCCCCAAGUUCUUUAAACAUUUUCCAGAGCUUUCUGAUUCUGCGCUCAAUGCCCAACUGGACCUGUGUGAAGAUGAGGAUGUUUCGAUCCGCCGUCAAGCUAUUAAAGAACUGUCACAAUUUGCCACCGGAGAGAACCUUCCCCGUGUGGCAGAUAUUCUUACUCAGCUUUUGCAGUCAGACGACUCGGCUGAAUUUAAUCUGGUAAACAACGCUUUGCUGAGCAUAUUCAAAAUGGAUGCAAAAGGUACAUUGGGGGGCUUGUUCAUCCAGAUCCUUCAAGGGGAAGAUAUUGUCCGGGAGCGAGCCAUCAAAUUCCUCUCCUCUAAGCUGAAAACCCUUCCUGAAGAUGUUCUGACAAAGGAUGUGGAGGAUUUUAUCUUCUCCGAAUCAAAGAAGGUUUUGUAUGACGUAACUGGAGAAGAAUUUGUCUUGUUCAUGAAAAUCCUUUCUUCACUGAAAAACCUACAGACGGUCAGCGGCAGACAGCAGCUGGUGGAUUUAGUGUCUGAGCAAGCAGGACUGCAUCAAACUCUAAACCCAGCAGACCCCGACUCUGUGGAUCGCUUGCUCCAGUGUAUGCGCCAGGCAGUGCCACUGUUUUCCAAAAAUGUCCACUCAACAAAGUUUGUGACGUAUUUCUGUGAGAAUGUUCUGCCCAUCCUGAGUACCCUGACCAGUCCAGCUGAGGGAUUGGAUGUCCAGUUGGAGGUAUUGAAGCUGUUGGCUGAGAUGAGCGCCUUCUGUGGUGACAUGGAAAAAUUAGAAUCAAACUUGAACAAGCUUUUUGAUAAAUUGCUGGAGUACAUGCCACUUCCACCGGAAGAAGUAGAAAAUGGGGAGAACUCAACUGCAAAUGAAGAGCCAAAACUCCAGUUCAGUUACGUUGAAUGUCUGCUCUUCAGUUUCCAUCAGCUUGGAAGGAAGAUGCCAGACUUUCUGAUUGGCAAAGUCAAUGCAGAGAAACUGAAAGACUUCAAGAUCAGGCUACAGUAUUUUGCCAGAGGACUUCAAGUCUACAUAAGACAACUCCGCUUGGCUCUGCAGGGGAAAACUGGUGAUUCACUGAAGACAGAAGAGAACAAAAUCAAAGUGGUAGCCCUGAAAAUCACCAACAAUAUUAAUGUUUUGAUCAAGGAUCUGUUCCAUAACCCUCCAUCCUACAAGAGCACGGUCACUCUCUCUUGGAAACCAGUCCAGAAAGCAGAAGCUGGGCAAAAAAGGUCAAGCGAAGACACUUCAUCUAGUUCCCCUCCCAAAAAGCCUAUUGCAGGACCAAAGAGGGAUUCCAGACAGAUCUAUAACCCUCCUAGUGGAAAAUACAGUGGAAGCUUGGGCAAUCUCUCUUACGAACAGAGAGGAGGAUUCCGUGGAGGCCGAGGGCGAGGUUGGGGAGGACGUGGUAAUCGCAGUCGAGGCCGAGUCUAUUGAUGGUGGCCCAUCGAGCAGAAGAGCUGCAGGGUGUACUGUAGUAAGGCUGGACUGCUGAUCGCCUCCUGAUCACCUGCCAAUGGCAACAGACUUUUUAACAUGAAGCGUUCUUUCUACCUUUCUAUGUACCGACCGUUUUUUUUUUUUGUAUUCAGCCAUCGCAGCCGUUUCAUUCACAAUCUACAGUUCAGACGCUGCACGUCAAGGAUCCUGAACUUCCGUAUAGGACUAUGUGCAGAGCCUCUGAUACUUUCCAAUUACCAAUAUCACUAAAAGAAAUUCAUUAAAAAAAAAACACCUUAUGGUUCUAGAACUUUCAAUAGAACUUUCCGUGUCGGUUUUGACAUAGUUCAUGAAUCUCCAAGAGCACCAGGUGGAGCGAUGGUUUGAGCUGUUUUGUUAAUGUUUUUGGUUCAUUGCCAAAAUCAGUUUUUUUUUUUUUUUUCGUCACAAGGACCUGCAUGUCUGAGAGUGCACAAGGUAAACUCCAUGCUUCCCAUUUUUUUGGUUUGGUCCAAUUGACUUUUUUUUAUUUGUUAAUUUAUUCUUUCAUAGUAAAGCUGCGGCACUACAGCUUUUUCUUCCCCACCCUCCUCUCAUACACCUCUUCUCUUCUGUAUACUGUACCCCAAGAGCUCGGAAGUAUUUUUUUUUCCCUACCUACUCCCCAAUGAAAUUUGAUAAGUGGAGCUGCCGUGUUCUGUUUUGUCUUUUAAGUGGGGGAAAUGUAUAUUGCUUUGACAAUUGGGUUUUGACAAUAGCGAAUUCUAUUUUCUGCUAUGGCUUUAAAAGCAAAAUAUUCACAUUCCCGUACUGAAGUCUUUCUAAUGCAUUAGCAUUAAUAUGGCCUCACUGCAAGGUGACACUUCUAGAUACAUUUUCUGAAUGAUUACCUUUUAUAAUGUUAGGAUCAAUAGUUUCUAGCUGCCAAGUGACAUGUUCCUAAAGGAUACAUCAGCACAGACAAUGGCUCCUCUGCUGUUCGUAGCUAAGACAAUUACGCUGAAAACUGUGGUGUGGUGAAGUUUGCGAUUCCACUGUCCCUAGUACAUUUUUAGGGGUUCCGGUAAAGGUUUAAGGGGUACUCCCUUUGGGGAGAGAGAAAUGUAUACAGAUUUAUAAAUUCCUUCUAUUUAAAAAUCUUAAUCCUUCCAGUACUUAUCAGCUGCUGUAUGCGCCACAGGAAGUUGUGUAGGUCUUUCCAGUCUGACCACAGUGCUCUCUGCUGACACCUCUGUCCGCAUCACGAACAGUUUGUUCGCUAUUGGGGAUUUGCUCCUGCUCUGGACAGUUCCCGACAUGGACAGAGGUGGCAUCAGAGAGCACUGUGGUCAGACAGGAAAGAACUACACAACUUCCAAUGUAGUAUAAAGCUGCUUAGUACUGGAAGGAUAAAGAUUUGUAAAUAGAAGUAAUUUACAGAUCGGUUUAACAUUUUUGGCACCAGAUGAUGUGAACCUGGGGAUCUGCUCUAGUUCAUGCUCAAAGCUUGUCCAAGAUUAGAAAACAUUUGCUGCUUUCUUCCAAAAAACACUGCCUCAUCUGUCCUCAGGUUGUGUGCGGUAUUGCAACUCUGCUACUUCAAUAGAAAUAAGGUGCAAUGCCUAACAGAAACUGAGGACAAUAGUGGCGCUUUUUCUAGAAGAAAUUAGCGAUGUUUCUCUAAUCCUGGAUAACUCCUGUAAGUGUCAUAGAAGCAGCGCUGAGCCACAGCAUAAGCACCGCCUCUAGAGAUGAGCGAACUUACAGUAAAUUCGAUUCGUCACGAACUUCUCAGCUCGGCAGUUGAUAACUUUUCCUGCGUAAAUU